UUCAUGUUCGUUCGUUGUAGUUUCUUUCUUGUGGUGUCGUCGUCGUUGUCGUUCUUCAUCAUGGCUUCCACUGGUGGUAAGAGUAAAAAGACUAAGUGGAAGCCUUUUCCCUCUGAUCAGAUAAUUAACCCUAAUGCACCACGCAAACUUGCAACAAGCAGUUGGGCAGAUGAGUCGAAUGAUGUUGAUGAUUCUUAUGACUUUGGACGCAAAACAUUUUUACCUACUGCUCCCAGAGCAGCCAGAGGUGCUGAGAAUGAUGCUAAUAUUCCUAAAGAACCACCUUACCAAGCGUACUUAACAAAUAUUUCUUAUGAAGUCACAGAGGAAGACCUGACUGAGUUUUUUUCUGCACUAAGGGUGAAGAAAGUGAUACUGCCUCGUGAUGACAAGGGCACUUUUCGUGCAAAAGGAUUUGGCUAUGUUGAGUUUGAAGACAGAGCUAGUCUCAUCGAGGCUUUGUCUAUGAUUGACACGACAUGCAAAAAUCGGAGGAUGCGGAUUGAAGUCGCAGAUAAUGUGGACCAAGGGCGAGGAGGCCGUGUAGGUCAGAGAGAACGGGGCCCAAAUGAGCCUGACAGAACUAUGGGAGAUUGGCGCUCUGGACCGCGUAGCGAGGCUGAACCCAAUUCAGAUGGUUAUAGAUCUGGACCAAGAAGAGAUUAUGGAAAUGAUCGAGACAAUGGCAUGUACGGAGGAGGAGAUAGAGAACGUCGUGGUGGUGGAUUCCGAGAUGAUGAAAGAGACCGAGGAGGUUUCCGUAAUAGUGGUUAUAACCGUGGAGGGUUUCGUGAUGAUAGAGGAGGGGGUUUCAGAGACGAGAGAGGGGGUGGAUUUAGAGAAGAUAGGGGCGGUGGAGGUUUUAGAGAUGAUAGAGGGGGCUACCGAGAUGGUGGAGGUGACCGUUAUGAACGGAGAGGAUAUGAGGACAGAAGGGAUGAUCGUAGAUAUGAUGACAGAAAAAGUGAUUAUGGUAGCGGUAGCAGCAGCAGUGGCGGUUCGACUUGGAGACGAGAUGAAAAAGACAGAGAUGUUGGACCUCCUCCUGAAAGGAAUAGCGAGCCCAAGACACGCACUCCGCUCAACCUGCAACCUCGUUCAAGGCCAGUGGAAGGAGGAGAGAAAGGGGUUGGAGGGGAAACUCCCACCACAUCCCCUCCCAAUGGGCCAGUGGCCAACUCUGCUUCCAUCUUCGGUGGAGCUCGGCCUGUAGACACAUCGGCUCGUGAGCGAGAGAUAGAAGAGAGGUUGGCCAAGCAGCGUGAGGACCGGCCACCGCCUCGUGAGGAAAGUAGACUGACAGCCCCUCAGAGGGAUGCCCCGCCCACUCACGAGGAAGCACCAGCCUCUCCUCCUCCUUUGGAGCCUGCUCCUCCUCCAAAGGAGAAUGCUUGGGCCAGGCGUUCUCAACAGAACGUACAUUCACAAGUUAACAAUGGUAGGAUAAGUCCACAUGAAGAGGGGGAGAGACAUAAACCUAGAGAUUCUUCACCUAGCAAGGACCCUCGCAAAUACCAGCCGCCCCGGCGGAACAUUCAAGACGAUAAGAGGAGAGAUGAGCGAAAUGUGCCCAGAGGCGGUGGGGCCCCACGCGGCGGCGGACCCCGUAAUGUAGACAUGCGACAAGCUCAACAUCCUAAAUCUAGAGAACAAAAGAAGGAUACAACUGAAGAAAUAAUAAGAAUGCCCAAGAUGCAAGAACAUCAACCUCCAAAUUUUAUUGGCUCCAAUAAAUAUGCAUUUCUUGAAGACACAGAGAGUGCAGCAGACUAAGUUACCGAUGUGUCAUCUGUCUUCUCUAAAUAUGCUGCGGGCUUUAUCUAAUUUUAAUGUUUGUUGGUCCACUGUUAAGUAAAUACUGUUACCCAUUGUGUAGAGUGAUUUGGUAGAUAACAAUACAUUUAAAUAAUAAUUUUGUAUCUUAUUUAUUAAGGGAUUUUGUACUUUGUUGAUUUUAGUAGUUAUUCUUGAAUAUAUUAGGUUACCAAAAAGGAAGGCUGUAGACAACCUGUGGGUGUAUUUCAGCUUAAAUUAAACUUGUCACAAAUCGUGUAACUUUAAAAUUAAGGUCUAAUUAGAACUGAAUAAUUUAGUUACUUCCUCCCUCUCCUCUCGUCAUACUGUGAUUGUAAAUACUGUAUAUGUUUCACAUGUAAAUUUCAAUAUCAAUAACAUAAUUGUAAUGUAACUUCAUGUAAUGUAAUGUCACGAAUAUACUUUUUGAUAAAAUUUCCUAAAUGAGCAGGGCAUUUAGAUUUUGUGUCUUCGUACAAAAGUAGUUUAUUUGUGACUAGUGGUUUCUUUUAUUGUUUAAUUGCCUACAGUUGUGUGCCAUUAUUAUCUACUUGUUAUAACUUUUGUUGGUUCAGAUAUUUAUAAUUUGUUAACAAGUAAAAUUUACAUAAUUUAGUGCAGUCUGAUUAUGAAAAUAAACAGAACAUAAGGAUUCAGGCAUAAAUUUAUUGUUGUGGCAAGUUUUAAAUUUUUGACUGUUCACUUUACUUUCUAACAGUGAAUGAUAAAUUUGAAACAUGCCACCACAGCAAUAUUUUAAUUAUAUAAUAACUUUCACUUAUUUUAUAAUAUCACAGUUUUCUGAGUAAAAGUGGCACAACAUAUGUUGUACAGUUAUUAAAGGGCUUGUAAUAUGGUUUGUGUUCAUUUCGUUAUGUAUGUUAGUUUUUCUUGGGUGGUUUAUUUUAUUCAAUUGUGUAAUAUUUAAAAGCUGUGGUGUAAUUUAUAGUUAUGUGUUUGUAAUAUAAAUAUCAAUCAACAAUAUUAGCGUAAAACAAUUUGUCUAGAAUUUUAUAAAAGCAUGUACAGACAGCAGGGUUUAGUUUUGGACCAACUAAAGAGAUACAGUGCUCAUUUACCGUCAUUUAGUAAAACUAAUUGUUAAAAGUUCAUCCGCCUAUGUUAAUGUAUUAUUAGAUAAAUAAAUACAAAUAUUGUACACUCUA